AUUAAUCUACCCAUUUUGACUUUUUUCCAUUUUUAUUGAGAGUAUGAAAAUGUCCUAAAUGUCCCUUCCUUUUGCCACUAUUAUCCCUGCGGCCCUGCCCUCACCAGCCCUCCGCCAUUCGCUUCCACAAUCUCCCUCCUGUCUCGCCGCCGCCAGCCCUCCUCUGCCCCCACCAUCGCCAGGCCCCUCCACCAUCUCCGGCCCCAAGCACCACCGUGCUCUAGCCCCACUGCCUUAGUCCCCAGCACAGCCAUCGCCGCCGGCAACCCAAUAUAACGAGUCACUCCCGCCGCCCGCCUCCGCCCGGCCCCACCAUUGUGAGCCACCCAGCCGCAGCCGUUAAAGCAAUCAUAUCCUACAUCUCUUCAAAGAUAUUUCACUUUCCAAAUUUCACAAGCAUACAGGCUCAGCCUAACUGCCAUCGCCCUCACUCAGCUAACCAGGUUCAGGCGAGUUCCAUUUUUUCCGGCGGCCGGAACAUCUACGAUGGAGUCGUCCACAUGGACGAAGACUCAGAAAGAGCAGCGGGUAGUAGAGGGUCAAGUCUUUCAGAUUUACAACUUCUUCUACAGCAUCCCGCCCAAUUCCCAGUCUGUCAUGUUGGAGAUUCAACGAGAUAUGCAUUUACAGUAUCUUUCCAGUGGACUGCGUGGCCUUGGCCCAUCAUUUUCCGUUCUUGAUGCCAACCGGCCCUGGCUUUGUUAUUGGAUGAUCCACUCAAUCUCUGUGUUGGGCGAGUCUAUUGAGGAUGAAUUGAAAGACGAUGUCAUUGACUUCCUCAGUCGCUGCCAGGAUAAAUUCCAUCUUCUUACCAUUGUGAUAUUCACCAACUGAGGCUUCUGGGUAUGUUGAAAUUGCAAUGCAUUUGAUUGUAAUGAACCUUGGGAAGGAUGAGGAUUAUGUAUAAUAUAAUGGUAAGCUACUUUUGUUUAUGUAGUGAGGGUUAAGGUUAUGAGAUAUAUUUCUUUUAAAUCAUGGCCCCAAUGGAAUGGAGUCUGAAUUUAAUCCCACUCACAAGUUCACAAAUCACAACACCUUUCCGGUCUGCUUCCUACAAGUAAAAACUGGAUACUGCUGGAUGGAUUUAUGCAAAUGGGCCUCCUUUAGUCUCUGCCUCCGUUGCUAAUGGAGCUAAAAGAUUCAAUUUUGUCAAUGUUUUAGCUCCAGGUAAUUAGGUAAAUAAUCUACUGAAUGAUAA